GGAGGCGGCGGCGGCGGCGGCGGCGGCUCGGCCUCGUCCGGCUCGGGCGUGUCCGCGCGCAGGGACUCGCCGCUUAUGCUAAUAUUCACGAUGUCCGGCGGCGCGCUGACCACGACGAUCUCGGGCCGGCGCGCGGCCUCGUCCUGCUGCGUCUCAUUCGACACCUCCGUCACCAGCGUAUCGCGCGACGCGUCGAGCAGCGGGUGCGUCGAGUCGUCAUCAUCAGUAACGGGCUUCGGCGGCUCCGGCUGCUUCGCCACGGCCGCCAGGUGGUCCUCGUUUAGGAGCGGGUGCGGCCGUUCGUUGUCCUCGAUGAUGGGCGCGCUGUGCCAGUUCUCGGCCAACCUCCGAACCUUGGAGGGGCUCCGGGGCCGCGCCUGGCCGGGGCUCCCGGCGGGCGCCGGCUCGGCCAUCUGCUACUGCCACCCAGUGAAUCGAGGCUGUCAGGGGCGGCGCCUCACAGAAACGCGCCGCCGAGGGGCUGCCCGGCGGCUCGGUGGUGUUCACCCUGCUCGUCAGUGUUUGAAUAAAGGCUCAGGAGAGGCCAAUUUUUUCGCUAAGCUCUGUCGCAUUUUUGACGGCCGAGGUGCGUGGUCCAAGCGAGCCGCAAACUCGCGUCAGACGCCGCGAGGCGUCCCCGGAGCCCGCCUCAGAGCUCUGAUUUCGCACACAGGCCUGGGGGUUGCCGUCGUAGGAAAUUCAGGCGCAGCGACAUCACCGGUGUCACUGGUGGGGAAUCGGCCCAAAACACCAGGGGCAGCCAUGCUUUUCGCCAACGCGAGCCCCCCCUCGACGCCGAGCACGCCCGUCAAGGCCACGCUCUCGCCGGGCGUGGCCACUCCCGUCAUAGAUGCCACUGCUCUAACCCCCUGGCUGGGCCCCGAGCGCGCGCCACCGGCGCCGCUGCCCGAGAUCGUGGAGACGGACGAGCUGAGCGACCCCGCGUUUGGUGAGUGGCUGCGCGCCGCGCCGCCGCCGCCGCGCUGGGUCGCGUCUGAAAGAGCGUUUUUGAGUCGCGUUCGGCGCGAGUGCGCCGUGCAGUUAGCAAGGGCGCCGAACUAUCCCGAGGCGUACGGGGAUCGGCGACUCAUACGAUUCUUGCGGCAGCACAAGAGCGAGAAGAAGGGCGUCAAGGCCGUCAAAGAAUAUCUGCGGUGGCGCGAGGCCGAGAAAAUCGACCUCAUUCGAGAUGAGAUCAUGGCCGGCAAAGACAGACCAGAAACGUGGCCGUCCGGUGCGUUCUUCAAGGCGAGGUGUGCGGUCUUACCUUGUGCCGAACAAUUAUUUGACGUCAAGGGUAACGCUUUGUGUGUGGAGCAGUACGGCUUCUGGCCGGCGCAUCGCCUGAAGGAUAUUACCGCGGAAAAAUACAUCGGCUGGCAGACGUAUGCGUUGGAGCACAAGUCCAUGGUGCUGGAGAGGAUUGCUCUGGGGCGGGAGCGGGCUGUACUAAGAGCCGCGCAUGCGCAGUGGUUGGCCGAUCCAGGCAAGGCCACGCCGUUGCGCGAGGGCUGGGGCGAAGUCGCGCGAUUGUGCACGAUCUUCGACAUGAAGGGCUUGACGCUGUCCCACGCUCUGUUACCUGGAGGUUUCAACAUGGUGAGACAAUUGAUACCUCUCGUGCAGAAGAAUUAUCCGUGGUUGCAAGAUACCACUCAUUUUGUGAACGCCAGCGGCGCAACUAGCUACGCCUGGUCCAUGCUGCGACCACUCCUACCAAAGAACACGCAGCGUAAAGUCCACAUUCAUGGGGCCGGCGCCGCCCAGUCGCUUACCGAAGAAGUGAGACCAGACUUCCUGCCGGAGCAGUUGGGGGGACGGGCGGCUUGUAGGGAGUUGAGACCACCCGUUUCGCUGGAGGAGCACGACCGGGGGGUGGUGGGGUCACCGUUACGGUCGCCGCGGCAGUCGCCGAGAGCGGGCCCGCGGAGCAUCGAGGUGGAGGUGAAUGAAACGAGCGUGCCGACGGCGGUCGUCGUCCCGGGCGUGGAGUACGUGUGCCACGACCACAACCAUAAAGGGAAACGGACGCGCAAGGCUCUCAGGUUGCGCGACCGGUCCCUCGAGCUGCUGCCGACGGCGCGCUGGAGGUUAUCACGACAGAUGCUUCGAUUAAGAUCACCAAAACGGCUGUCGCUCGCGUCGCACCAGCCCUUGGCGGCGUACGUCGGCGCGGCGGACGCGGCGCUGCCGUCGAACGCGGCGGCGCACCACCGCGAGGCCAGUAUCCGAGCCCGGGACCUGCCCGCGUCCUUCGUGGUCCUCGCGACGCCGAAGCAGCAGGUCGUCACGCUGGAAUUGGCCGACGCGGCGCAGGCGCGCGCGCUCGUCGAGGCGAUCCACAUGCAAGCAGACCUUGCUGCUUAAUUCCUCCCCGCCUCGCGGUUAAAGAUGUGUAUACUUA